AUGUUUUUGUCCAGCACUGAGCUCAAGUGUCAAAUUCAUUUUGCCAUCUACUUGCCUCCCAAGACUGAUAAUGGGAAGUGUCCUGUCUUGUACUGGCUCUCGGGAUUGACUUGCAUGGAGCAGAACUUCAUCACCAAUGCUGGCAGUCAGAAGGCAGCUUCUGAGCAUGGAACCAUCAUCGUUGCACCAGACACCAGCACACGUGGUUGUAACAUCGAGGGUAAAAAUGAGAGCUGGGACUUUGGCACAGAGGCUGGUUUCUAUGUCAACGCCACCCAGGAGCCCUGGAAGAGCAACUACCGCAUGUACGCCUACGUCAGAGUCUGUCUCUUGUUUGCCACCAUCUGCAACCCCAGCCAGAAGGUCUUCAAUGGGUACCUGGGAAAAGACAAGGCUGCCUGGGAGGUAUAG